ACAAGCCUCCAACGAAGUUGUCUUCUCCGUCACUCUCUAUCUCAUUCGAUCAAGAACAUAAGACGCUUGUCGUUUGAUUGGGUUGACGGGGCGAUCUGGUAGAACAUGAAGGGAACAUAAGACACUUGUCAAUUCGUAUCAAUCAGGAAGGGGACAUGUAACUUUCUGUCCAACCUGUCCGGACACACCAAUGACCAGUUCGGACACGCAUGAAAUUAAGAAUUAUUGGUGAUUCAUGCUUGGACACCAGAAAACACAUACACUAUUUACAAGUUCUGAGCUACUUAGGGUGUAGGGUUUGCGUCCAAACCCAACGCCUUAUUUUUUCGGGAAAAUUUCUUGAUUUUGUCGGAGUCGAAGAGAAAGUUAAGAAAUGCCGGCGUACAACAUCAGGGGCAUCAAUGUAGACUUCCCAUUCGAGGCCUACGAUUGCCAGCUCGUUUACAUGGAAAAAGUCAUUCAAUCUCUCCAAGAAAGAUGCAAUGCACUGUUGGAGAGCCCUACUGGAACUGGGAAAACAUUGUGUCUUCUCUGUGCCACGCUGGCUUGGAGGAAGAGCUUGGGAGGUUUCUCGACUGGUACGAGUGUAAGGAGCAGUCAAAAUGAAGGGAGUGAAUCAGAUGUUUCACUGUCACAGUCUGUGCGUUCUAAUCUUCCCACCAUAAUUUAUACUUCGCGCACUCACAGCCAGAUCCGGCAAGUAAUUCAAGAAUUAAAGAGAACCAGUUACAGGCCAAAAAUGGUGGUAUUAGGAUCUCGAGAGCAGUUGUGCAUUCAUGAUGAAGUGAGUUUACUUCGUGGAAAAGCACAAACAAAUGCCUGCCAUUUGCUGUGCAGAAAGCGUGAAAAGCGUAAUUGUGUUCAUUAUUCUCGUGUUGCAGACUACAUGAAGAAAAAUCCUCAUCUAGGAGAUGAGCCUAUUGACAUCGAGGAUUUGGUCAAUGUCGGAAGAAGAUUUGGACCGUGUCCUUAUUAUGUAUCAAGAGAGCUCCACAAGACUGCUGAUAUAUUAUUUGCACCUUAUAACUAUCUUAUUGACCGGGGAUAUAGAAAAUUUUUAAGCCUUGAUUGGAACAACAGCAUACUCAUAUUUGAUGAAGCUCACAAUUUGGAAAGCUUAUGCGCAGAUGCAGCCUCUUUUGACUUGCCUUCUUGGCUUCUAAAUGCUUGCAUUUCUGAAGCAAAAAAUUGUAUUGAACUUUCUACGGCAAGGAGGGAAGAAGCAAAUGACAAAUCACGGAAUCCAGAUAGUUUUGCUAUCCUUAGAGCUCUUCUUUUGAAGCUUGAGAAACAGAUUGCUGAAGUCCCUAUCCAGACCAAGGAACUGGGAUUUACUAGGCCUGGGCCUUACAUAUAUGAAUUACUUGCUGAUCUAAAUAUCACCCAUGAAACUGCCUCUAAGCUCAUUAAUAUAAUUGAUGAUGCUGCUGUGCUUCUUGAGGAAGAUAGCCAGCACAAGGCGGCUCGCACUGUUUGCAGGCUGGAAAGCAUUCGUGACAUUCUUAAUAUAAUUUUCAGAGAUAAGGGCAAUGCUCAUGCAAACUUCUAUCGUGUUCAUGUGCAGGAAGUUGAAGCAAGUGCUGCAGAUGGCUUAAAAGGUAAGGUAUCGAGGACACUCAGCUGGUGGUGUUUCAACCCUGGAAUAGCCCUGGAAGCGUUCCCCAGGUUGGGUGUGGGCUCAGUUAUAUUGACAUCUGGCACAUUAUCUCCCAUGGCUUCAUUUGCACAGGAGCUGAAAUUAGAAUUUCCUGUUCGGUUGGAAAAUCCUCAUGUCAUCAACCCAAGUCAGAUAUGGGCUGGAGUUGUACCAACUGGUCCUUCUGGUUACUCUUUCAAUUCCUCUUACCGGACCCGUGAAUGUAUAGAAUACAAGCAAGAGCUUGGAAAUGCUAUUGUCAACUUUGCUCGAAUUGUACCUGAUGGGCUGCUUGUGUUUUUUCCAUCUUACUACAUUUUGGACCAAUGCAUCGGGUGCUGGAAGAAUAUGAGCCAUGCAAAUUCAACAACUAUAUGGGAAAGAAUCUGCAAACAUAAGAAACCUGUGGUAGAACCUAGACAAUCUUCACUGUUUGCUACGUCAAUUGAGGACUAUAUGGCUACACUGAAGGACACCUCAGCUUCUGGUGCAGUAUUUUUUGCUGUUUGUCGGGGUAAGGUGAGUGAAGGAUUAGAUUUUGCUGACCAUGCUGGAAGGGCCGUAAUCGUAACUGGUAUGCCAUUUGCAACAACGACUGAUCCUAAGGUUCGUCUAAAACGUGAGUACUUGGAUCAAGAGGGGCGAUCCCAAAGCAAAGUGUGUAAGGUUCUAACAGGAGAAGAUUGGUAUAAUCAACAGGCAUUACGAGCUGUGAAUCAAGCUGUUGGACGUGUAAUCCGUCAUCGCCAUGAUUAUGGAGCGAUUAUUUUCUGUGAUGAAAGGUUUGCACAGCCAUAUCGUCAGUCCCAAAUAUCGCUAUGGAUACAGCCUCACGUCAAGUGUUACUCCAAAUUCGGGGAUGUAGUUUUUACAUUGACCCGGUUUUUUCGGGAUGGAGGAGCUAGGGUUUCUACAGAUCUGAGGCCUGUACAAACUGAAAACAGGGGAGAAAUAGAAGAGACACAACUGGAGCAGCCUCUGGAGAAAUUUCUUCCCCAGAUGACACCAAUGCGUCAAGAUUCCUCUGUAAAGGCAUUGUCUUCCAUACUCGACAUUAAAAGAGGCAAUGCUUCAGGCCAAGUGGGGGAAGUCCUCCCCGCUAAUCGCUCAUCUCUUACACCCUUUAAGAACCAGUCUUUCGUUUUGAAGCAUUUGAAUGAUCCUAUCGGCAAUGUGAAAAAAUUGCUGAUGCCUGGAAGGAAAAAUAUGCAAUAUCAAGAUCCCGAAAUAAUUGAUUUGACUGGUUAUUCUUUACUGGAUGAACAACUCAGCAAAGACGAAGAAUUGAUAGCUCCUUGUUCUGCCAGGAAGCGUAAAUUAUUAAGCACAGAAAAUGUUGCAAUGCAAAAAAUUGAAGUUUCUCAUGAACACUCAUCUGAUAGAAAGACGUUUGAAAUAAAUGGCCCUUCUUUCUGUAUCAAUCCUGCAAAACCUGAGAGUUCACAAACUUCUGGUACUAUAAUUGCACAAAACGCUCAAGUUGGUUCACCAUUGUUGCACAAAGAAGACGGGACUUCUCAAAAGAGGGAAGUUGAUUUUCUCAGGCAGAAGAACAAAGGUUUUGAUUCCAUUCCUGUGCUUAGUGGUAAUGAGGAAACCAGAGGUUCUAAUUUUCUGAUUCAGGUUAAAGAGAAGCUUACUGCUGAAGAAUAUAAAAAUUUUGUCGAGUUUAUGAAGGCUCUGAAGUCUAAAACAAUGAAGAUAAGUCAAGUGUUACAAUCCAUUGUGGGUCUAUUCUCUGGACCGGAGAGGCUUCCUCUUCUUAAAAGGUUCAAGGAUUAUAUCCCAGCAAAAUAUCAUUCUCUGUAUGAGCAGUAUCUUGAAACAAAUGAUGGCACACUUUGACAUUCAAAAUAUGGAACUCCACUUAAGAUAAUCAGAGAAGCUUUAUAACUCGAUUGUAAUUUUGGAUGGGAAAGCACAGAGAUCCGUUUGAUGAAGUUGAAUUGUUGUCAGUCUUACCUGGAGUUGGGGGGAAGAAGAGGAUACUUACUUCAACAUGAUGGUAUUGUGGAAUACUCUUAAUGCUGCAUAUAAGCAACUUUUUUCUUGCUUUCUCAUGGGUGAGGCCAUUCCGAUGCUUCCCAUAUAUGGUUUUGGACAAAAAAUUUGCAGCUAGAAUGCAACUGGCCCAUGCUAAGAAUUACACCUAACAAGCUUUCCAUGGUGGGAAGAUUCAUGUAAAGACAGCCUCAAUUAUUGCUUCCAGGUUUUCAAAGUAUUUCAUGGUGGAAGGGCGUUUGGGUUGCCAUGCAUCAGAAGAAAGGAAUCACUUGCUGUUGUUCUGCUGAUGUUUAGAGACUGGAAAUGCCCUCUGUCACGUGCUUAAGUUAAGAGGUGUUUGUAACCAUCUCUUUACAAAGGGAAAAUAAUAUCUGGUCCAAUUCCAAGCCUUGAUUAUAUUUUCAUGUAAAGAAAUUGCAACUUUUUUAUUAUCAAUUAAUUAAUCCAUCUGGUUUCUUUAA